AUGACUGCCCGUCCUACUGCCCUCUUACAGACAGACAGCUUUCGCGAUAGUCGUCCCCUCAUCGUAGGUCCUGACGAACCACAACCCCCCUUUCCUAUCCUGCUUAGUGGCUCGGUACAGCAUGGGUUUGGACGAGGAGGCAAGGACUUGCACUGUCCUACUGCAAACCUCCCUGAUGAAGCGAUAGAAGCGAUCAGCUCAGUGGCCCAGCCUGGGGUGUACUAUGGCUACGCCCAAGUCCCAGAAGCACCUUCUAACGAGGUCUGGCCAAUGGUCAUGAGUCUCGGCUGGAACCCUUUCUACAAGAAUGAGCGUCUUACUGCUGAGAUCCACGUCAUGCACGAGUACACCGCCGACUUUUACGGCAUGGAACUCAGAGCCGUCGUCCUCGGAUAUAUACGCCCCGAGUUGGAUUUUACCACCAUGGAGGCACUCAUAGAGACUAUAGAGACCGAUAAACGAGUAGCCUCAAACUCGUUAGAUCGGGAGGCUUACAAGGCUUUUGCAACCCAUCCUCACUUUGUGUUAAAGGAAUAG